ACGGUUUCACUACCUCCUCUGUUUUUCUUCAUUUCGCAGUGAGUUGGAAUUGAUAAUCUAGAGAGUGACUACUGAUCGCCGACAGCGAGCUUUUUCCGUGUAAUGGCGACCUCCGUCGCAGUCGCCGGCGCUUUGACGGCGCACGAUCGCCGGGUUCUGACGGCGGUGAACGCCGGAGCCUCGAGCCUGUCGUUAGCCGGUUCCAGCUUCAUUGUAGUGUGCUACCUCCUCUUCAAGGAGCUCCGCAAGUUCUCCUUCAAGCUCGUCUUCUACCUCGCUCUCUCUGAUAUACUUUGCAGUCUCUUCAGCAUAAUAGGGGACCCGUCCAAAGGUUUCUUUUGUUAUGCUCAGGGCUAUAGCACACAUUUCUUUUGUGUGGCAUCUUUUCUAUGGACUACAACAAUUGCUUUUACCUUGCACCGCACUGUCGUAAAACACAAAACAGAUGUUGAAGAUUUGGAGGCCAUGUUUCACUUGUAUGUCUGGGGUACUUCUCUGGUUAUGACAGUUAUGCGCUCCUUUGGUAAUGACCACAAACAUUUUGGUGCAUGGUGUUGGACACAAACAGGUCGCACAGGGAAGGCAGUUCAUUUUGUAACAUUUUACAUGCCACUCUGGGGUGCAAUUCUGUAUAAUGGGUUUACAUACUUUCAAGUAAUACGCAUGCUAAAUAAUGCAACCCGUAUGGCGGUUGGUAUGUCAGGCCAAACUUUUGUGUCAGAUACGAGAGAUAACAUGAGGGCUCUGAAUCGCUGGGGAUACUAUCCACUGAUUCUGAUAGGAUCAUGGGCUUUUGGCACUAUUAACCACAUUCAUGAUUUUUUUGAACCCAACCAUAAGAUCUUUUGGCUCACAUUUCUUGAUGUUGGAACAGCUGCUCUUAUGGGCCUCUUUAACUCAAUUGCUUAUGGUCUCAAUUCUUCUGUUCGUAGAGCAAUUUGUGAAAGACUGGACAAGUACUGGCCUGAGAGAUUGAACAGAUGGCUGCCUAACAGUUUGAAGUACAAGAACCUACAGCAAGAAAGUGAACUAGUUUUGUUCAAAACCGAAGAUCAAUAACAGUGAAUGGACAUGUUGUGAUCCUCCAUGCCAUGUUACAUUUCUUAUUCUAGUUUGCUGAGAUGUUGUUUUCAUAGACAACAGAGGAUCUGUAGGCAGCAAACAUUCCAGGCUAUUUGUUGCUCCACUGCUUCAAUUACGUGAAUCGUGGCAUUCACUCAGUGAAUUUUAUACUGCUGAUGAUCCUUCUCAAGCAGAUCAGAGGAUGGACCAUUUCGUGUGAAAUCUGCUUCAGCUAAUUGAGGACUACUUGUGACUGCAAAGAGUGCUUUUAUCUUUUUCACAAAAGGCUUAAUAUCUCUCCCUUUGAUUCAUCUUUUUAACAAGUCUUGACUUAGAGCAUCACUGUAUGCCCCAUUGUAUCCAGUCCUAAUAUCUGCAAUUGAAUGGUUUCUUAAAUUUAGUUGUAUAGGUUAGAUGGACACUUUCAGAUUGUUACAAAUUGCUAAACAACUUUCCCAAAUUUGCUGUGUAUAUGGUUUUCUCGAGCUAAAAAUGUACUUCAGUUUGAAACAUACAUUGCCCAUAUCUUGUUUUUUC